AGAGAAAGAGUGGGAGAAUACAUCAGUUAGACGUGUUGGUGUGUGUGUGUGUAGGAGAAAGAGAUACAAAGAGCUGAUCCCUAGACGCGGUGUGUGUGUGUGUGUGUGUGUGUGGGUACAGCAGUCGUCUGGUCUGUAAGUGCGUCUUUGUCUUGGUCUUUGUCUGCACUCUGCUCCUGGUCCCCCGCCUCCACCUCCUCGGCCCCAUCGUCUGUGUGGGGCGAUUACACUGGAGCUGCUGUUCUGCCUCCAUCUUAGCCCUGCCCAGUGUUUUCCCAGGGCUCCUUCGCCUCUGUCAUCGCCUGCAUGGUUAUUGUUGGCGACGCAUUGUCAUCUCCUCUCCAUUCAGGAGCAUGUGCAGAGGUAGCAGCCCUAUGUGAAUGUGGCAGAGCCAGCGAAGCCUGUUCUCUGCCUCCGACGCCGGCCUGCUCAGCUUAGCGUCCUGACAGAUUUCAUUUUUCUGGCUCAGGUUUGCUAUUGGCAGUUGCUUUGUCUCAGCACGAAUGUCACUCUGCUCAAUGUGGUCUGAAAACCGUCUUUGCUGUACGUGGUGUCAGAUGACGGCGUAGUCUAGAAUUACAUCUGAACUGUUUGGAUCAACAGUUUUUUAAAAGGACAUUUUCAUCAAACCUCUCAGCUUGCAGUGUGUGUAUGCUGUCUCUGUGUGUUUAUUCAUGACACAGAGUUCAGUUAAGAACUCCCUUACUGUAUUCCUGAGAAGAGAAGCCACUUCUAGUUCGCUGCCAUGUUGUUGUAACUCCUACUGUAGUUCCAGUCUGCCUUCUUAGGGCAAAAAGCAUCCUACUGUAUUAAAGCAGGUUUUUUGGUUCUUUGUUCUGUUGCUUUUCCAUUGCCUCAGGGCUCUGUGCUGUAAAUGGGAGCUGUUGUUGCUGUAGCUGCAGCUAAAAGUGGCGUGCAGUGCAGAGCAGAGCAGAGCAGAGCAGAGCAGUGCAGGGCACAGUAUUUGUGUCAUCAUCACUUCUCCGCUGCCUGCCCUGCCCCGGGAGCACUCUUUUAAACCAGAACACAAAGAACAUUGAGCAGAUGUCCCACUGGCCGUCGGCUAGAUUUAGUUUCCUUUUUUUUUUAAAUAAAUAAAAAAAAAUAGCUUUGGGGCAAGUUGUUUGGGAUGGACAUACUGACUAACAGACUAACUAACCACCAACCACUAACACCAGUGAUUACUGAAUCUCAUUAUUGAAACUGAUCACAGGUUUUGAACUCCCAUAAGUUGAAAGAAAUAAAAAAAAAAGUAGAAAAACAAAUCAAGAAAAUUAAGUUAAUAUGUGACAAGUGUGGGAGAAGCCUCUUCAGUCUCACAUGAAUGUUAUCAUCAUACAGUAGGUCUAUAUGAGUCAGGCUUAGCUGGUGAAAUCCUCCUGUGCUGUUUGUGUCCUGACCACAGAGUGCAGGCCUGAGUCAUCAGCGUAGCAGCCAUCUUUGUGACAGACUGAGAGCAACAGUCUUUACCCAUGUCUGUGCCUGCCAGUAGGAGGACCCCCACAGGAUCGCGCAGCAGACGGUCGGGUGUUGCGGGCAGCUCCAGGCAUUCUCAUGGGGACACCUCCAUCAGCAGCUACUCCACUGCUUCUGCUAAAGGCAACGAGUGUAUACCCACAUCACGCUCACAACCCGUUACACCCAGGCGUCAGGUCAAGCACUCCACAUGCAUCGACAACCAUGGCAUCCGCCCUCCGGCCCCAGAGCAGUACCUCACGCCGCUGCAGCAGAAGGAGGUGUGCAUCCGACACCUGCGCGCCCGGCUUCGGGAGAAUGUGGAGAGGCUGCAGGACAGGGACGUGGAGAUUGACGAGCUGCGCGGCCAGCUGGUGCGUAUGCAGGAGGACUGGAUCGAGGAGGAGUGUCACCGCGUGGAGGCGCAGAUGGCCCUGAAGGAGGCCCGCAAGGAGAUCCGGCAGCUGCAGCACGUGGUGGAGACGGUGCGCACCAACCUGGGGACGCGGGAGCCGGGCGGGGCGGAGACGCCGCACACGGCGGAGCCCAAGUCGGAGGGCUGGUACGGCGCCCGCGUGGGGGCUCGUCCGGGAACGUCGCGCUCCUGCGGCUGCUCUCCAGCGCACACCAUGAGCCGCAGCGCCACCUACACGCGCCUGAGCACCGAGUCGCCGACGUCGUCGGGCGCCGAUCGCAACGGGAACGUCGGCUCGUGGGAUGCCAGAGCAGGGGUGGUGAAGAGCAAGACCCUUCCGCGCGGCGACGGGCGCACCCACCUGCUCUUGGAGGCGGCGCUGCUGACGGAGCAGCUCCCGCGCUGUCCCAGCAGCAUGCCGCGCUCCUCCACCUACGAGCGCCUGUGCAGCGGCGAGACCCUGCUGCCCGUGCCCGUGCCACACCCGCCCUGCUGCCACCACGCUGUCAACAACAACUGCAGCUGCGGCGCCCCCCACACCUACCUGCCGCAGCACCACCACCUGUUUCUCCACCUGCCCCAGGAGGACGCCCCUCCGCCUCCCACCAUACCCCCACCACCACCGCCACCACCUCCUCAGGCAACGGCAGCAUCGCCAGCUCCAUCUCAACACCAACACCCGUCCUCAGCUCCAUCAGAGAGCUCGGAGGUGAGCGACCGGCCAGGCUACCGCUCCCAGGCUUGCAGUCCCACCAUCACCUGGAUCUCGGAGGAGGGCACAGGUGAGGACCUGAGCCUGAUCACCGCCGCGUCUGGGGGACCCAUCCCCACCGGCACCGCCGCCGACGCCUCCCUCCUCCUCUCCGAAGCUGCGCCCUUCCUGUCGCUGUCCUCCCCGACUCCCUCCUCCGCCACCCCGCAGCCCACCUGCGUCGACAUGGCCGAGCAGUCCCCUCUCGAUGGCGGCUCCUCCCUGGAGCUGUUGCCCCCUGCCUCCCUGGUGCCCACACCGACUCCUCAGACCCAGCAGCCCCAGGCGCGGGCAUCUCCGUCUCCGCUCGCCGAGAUGCCCCCUCCGCUGGCGCCCCCUACGCCCCAGGAGGUGCUGGUGCUUGAGGUGUCCGAGGAGGAGGACGACGUGCGGAGCCCGCUGAGCGGCCCCAAUCGGGACGAAGGUGGCAACGAUGAUGAGGACGAGGACAGCGGUGGACAGGAACCUCCCCAGCGGUGCCACUGGAGCCGUUACUUCCUGGUGGACCUGCUGGCGGUGGCAGUGCCCGUGGUGCCGGCCGUGGCGUGGCUGUGCCGUGGCGCCCGGCGGCCCGACCUGCCCGUCUACCCCAUCGGCUCGUUGUUGAGAGGCUGCUGCGCUGUCGCCCUGCACUCCCUACGACAAGUGGGCCGGGGGCGGGGGAGGGGGAGGGGCUCCGCAAACACAGGCGGAGUUACAAAUAUCUAAAGAUCAGACAGUCAGACAGACAGAUGAGUCAGGACCAAAACCAGGUCAGAUCUCCCACACACACACACACGCACACACACACACACACAUUCAAAUCUGACUCUCAUCUGGUGCAGAUGCACACACACACACACACACACACACACACACACACACACACACACACACACACACAUAAACACAAUCAAACACACAGCUCAGAUCUAACCCGGAUCUUUUCCCGACUCAGCUGCUGGAUGUUCCUCCUGUGCACAUACCUCUGUGCAGACCCUAGGAUGACUUCUGUACAGAAUCUCUCAAUGCCUCAGUGUCUCCCUCUGCUUUGAAGAUUUCCAUGUCCACUGCUCCACAGACACUAUCAAACUAGUCCGAUGAGUGAACAGUUGUUGUCAUCCUAAAUGAAACAGUUGAAUAGUCCCUGAACUCUGCCUCCUCUGCCCUGCCGGCCCUGACACCUCAUCUGUCCCAGCACUGUGGAUUGGGAUUAGAUUUGUGGUGUUAAUCCUAGAAGAUUAAUCUGAGAUUAGUGGCUUGCUCUGUGUUUAAGAGUCUUUGUGUAUCCGAUCUAUAGAUUUUUUGGAAACAUAAUGUAUUCUUGGGGACUGGCAAUUUUAAGCAUAAAUCCAGUGUACAGUUGAUGAUCACUAUUAUUUAAUUGUUGUCUUUGAAAACCAAUGCAGUAGAGUGGAAAUGUUAUUGAACGGUGGAAUGUCUUCAGUGCAUUCUCAGAAUUUCCACAGUGUGUUCUCAGAAUAUUGUCUGUGUCUUCUCAGAACACAGUUACUAAGGAGAUACUUGGGACAGUCUGUAGUCACAAGACUUGAGUUUUAAAAAAGGGAAAACCUGGGGUGUGUCAGGAAGGGGUGAUAAUCUGAAUCCACUGUAGAUGUUAAACCUUGUGGUUGAUUUUUGAAUUUGGGACCCUCAGGACAAGGUUUUUCUCAGGUGAGGAUCAAAUAGCACCAGACCACACCAUCUUGGAUUCAGCAAAGACCUUUUCCCCUCCUACCUGCCCCCAACUCUGAAACACAAGCACUUUCUGUUUCCCACUCUUGGCUUGUAAAUAUACAGUAGUGUAGUCUGGUCAAAACAUGUACUCUAGGAUUUAGACGUAUCAAAUUCAACAGCUUUGAUCCAGAAUUCAGUCCUUCCUUUUAGGUUUUGCCUACCACUUAAAGUACAAGUCUAGAAUAGACAGAGGCUACACUAAACUGUCAGAACAUGGCCAAUUUGUUUGAAAAUGAUUUUAUUAUGUUUAAAGGCAGGUGAUUGUGUUCAACAUUUAUUUUGCUCUUUCUUUUGCACUAUGGUUCACUUUAAUGGACAGGGGUUGGCUCUGACUGGAGCUAGGGUUGCGUUGCAUGCAUCCAGUCAACUUCCCCCACGGGUGAGUUUCAAUAGAUUUUUUUUUCUGUGCUAUGUUACUUCAAUUAAAGAUUCAUGCAUUUUUAAAUAAUAAAUGAUUCAGAAAAGCAAUGACUCUAAUGUUCAGAACAACAAAAAAGCCUACAUUUUUUCUUUUUUUCUUUGUUUGGCAUUGCGAUUGCACAGAUGAAUGAAAACCAGCAUCGGAUCAAGCACUCAGGGUUAUCAAAGAUAAACCCCAGAGCUUUGAUUGCUCGCUCAGAUUGCAUAAGCGCACCGUGUCUGCAAGAACUUGUGAUAAAUGAAAUAUAAAAUGUGUAUUAAAUUAAACAAACUAAACAUCUCAUUACAUUUAAAAGAACUGUUGAAAUGUUGUACGCAACUGUAUUUCAUCACAUCAGUCUUACAAUCAUAAGCCAUUUCAGUCAUGAAUGGGAAUACACUCCAAAAGUAUUUUUUGUUAACAAAAAUAUUCAUUGUAUAACUGUGUUGACAUGUAUGUGUUGGCUGGCUUUCGUGGCUGAACAAAUGAGGCUCUGGUCUGGUAUGUACCAUAAACAGCUAUUCUCUAGGUGGCCUAGAGGCUAGAAAAUGUUCAUGUCAAACUCACACAGAGUUACUUAAAGAAGCUUGUUCAUGAUCAAAUCGUUCUACUUCUUGAGUUUGGUUUGUGAACAAGCAAAAGGCUAAGAUCAUUAAAGGUAAAAAUAACAACAUUUAAUCAUUGUCCUUUUAAAAAUGAAGGCCUUUAUAACCCAAGCAUUAUGGAUCAUGUGGACUGUUGAAGGUAAAGAAAAUAAGUUUAUUCACUGUCCUCUUAAAAAUAAAGGCCUUUCUA